AUGUCAAAGUAGUCUCAAACUAUUUAAUAUCUUUUAGUAUGUGAUACUGAUUAUCCUUGCAAAAAAUGCUCUUAAGAUGAUACGGCUAGGUGUACUUAAUGUACCUUUCCUACAAACCAAAUGUCUUAAUUGACUGGUGAUAAUUUGCAACACUGCAGUAAGUAGAAAAUGUUCUAAAUUCAAUUCCCACUAGAUGCAAUUUUACCUUUGAUACCUAAAAUGGCAAGCCUAUCUAACAAUUUAUAUUGGCAUGCAAUGAAGGGUUUGUUGAUCCUUUGA